CCACGACUGAAGAUAAUAAUCCCCUCCUUCUUUCUUUCUUUCUCUCUUUCUACCAAACAAAAACACACAACUACUCUAUUUCCCUUUUCUCACCUCAUUCACGACAUCGCUCCACACCUGCGACGCCGCAACCAUGGCCGACCGGUAUAUCCCAGAGCAUCGCCGUACUACCUUCAAGGCAAAGAGCGCCUUCAAGCCUGAUGAACUCCGCCGCCGCCGUGAGGAGCAACAGGUCGAGAUCCGUCGCGCCAAACGUGAAGAGAACCUCGCCAAACGUCGUGGUAUCGGAGGAGGCGACCGACCUGGUGCUGGCCUAGGUGCUGCUCCCGAUAGCGAUGAUGAGGGCGGCAACAUCGAGAGCCAGCUCAACGAAGAACUCCCCCAGAUGGUGAAGGGCGUAUUCUCCGAGCAGAUUGAUGAGCAGAUCCAGGCGACAACGAAGUUCCGGAAAUUAUUGUCCAAGGAGCGAAACCCCCCCAUCGAGCGUGUCAUUGAGACCGGCGUCGUGAGCAGAUUCGUCGAGUUCCUAAACUCCCCCCACACACUGGUGCAGUUCGAGGCCGCUUGGGCCUUGACCAACAUUGCCUCCGGCUCUGCCCAGCAGACCCAGGUUGUUAUUGAGGCUGGUGCUGUACCCAUCUUCGUCCAGCUCCUCAGCAGCCAUGAGCCCGACGUUCGGGAGCAGGCCGUCUGGGCACUUGGAAACAUCGCUGGUGAUAGCCCCGCCUGCCGUGAUUUCGUCCUCCAGGCUGGUGCUCUCCGCCCCCUUCUCGCUCUGCUCGGCGACAGCCGCAAGCUUAGCAUGCUCAGGAAUGCCACAUGGACGUUGAGCAACUUCUGCCGUGGCAAGACCCCCCAGCCCGACUGGCAGACUAUCCAACCUGCCCUCCCCGUACUUGCCAAGCUCGUCUACUCCCUUGACGAUGAAGUCCUGAUCGAUGCAUGCUGGGCAAUCUCUUACCUUUCCGACGGCUCCAACGACAAGAUCCAGGCAGUUAUCGAGGCCGGCAUCCCCCGCCGUCUUGUAGAGCUGCUCAUGCAUGCUUCUACUUCUGUACAAACCCCGGCCCUCCGAUCCGUUGGCAACAUCGUCACUGGAGAUGAUGUGCAGACCCAGGUCAUCAUCAAUUGCGGUGCUUUGCCCGCACUUCUCUCUCUGCUGAGCUCUACUAAGGAUGGCAUCCGCAAGGAGGCAUGCUGGACAAUCAGCAACGUCACCGCUGGAAACUCUACCCAGAUCCAGGCAGUCAUUGAUGCCAACAUCAUCCCUCCUCUGAUCCACCUCCUCCAAAACGGAGACUUCAAGACCAGGAAAGAAGCCUGCUGGGCAAUCUCCAACGCCACCUCCGGUGGUCUUCAGAAGCCCGCUCAGAUCAGGUACCUCGUCCAGAGUGGCUGCAUCAGGCCUCUGUGUGACUUGCUUGCAUGCCCAGACAACAAGAUCAUUCAGGUCGCUUUGGACGGACUGGAGAACAUCUUGAAGGUUGGCGAGAUGGACAAGGAGUCGGGUGCUGACGGCAACAACGGCGAGCCCAUCAACCGAUAUGCGCUCUUCAUCGAGGAGGUCGGCGGCAUGGAGAAGAUCCACGACUGCCAGAACAACGCCAACGAGGAGAUCUACAUGAAGGCAUACAACAUCAUCGAGAAGUACUUCUCCGACGAGGAGGGCGAGGCUGAGAACAUGGCCGAGACCAAUCCCCAAAUCAACCAGGACGGUCACUUCGGCUUCGGCGCUCAGCAGCAACAGCAAAACUUCAACUUCGCCAACGGCGGUGACUCAAUGGAUAUGUGAGCUAUGUUACGAAGUGAUAGUUCGCUUUCCUGCCGUUUCGAGCGCAAGUCGUUGCUGGGGAUGAAGAUUGUAAGAAGGCUAAAUGCUGGAAAGACCAAUUCAGUGUUUGACAAUUAUUGGUCGUCGAGAUACCCAAAUGGCUGUACAGGAAGCCAUGUGCAGACUGUCCGAUGCAGUCCCACAUUGCCCCCCUCCCUCAAUGGCUCAACCCA